AUGACGGUUGUUCAGGACAAUGCCAGAUUUGACUUCAUUGUUGUUGGCGGAGGCACAGCCGGCAAUGUGGUCGCCGGCCGUCUAGCAGAGAAUCCAAAUGCUAGGAUCCUAGUCGUCGAGGCUGGUGUCGGGAAUGCGAAAGACCUUGAAGAGAUCCGAGUCCCGUCAAACGCGAUGGAACUUCGUGAUACGGAAUAUGACUGGGCUUUCAAAUCCACUAUGGUCAAGAGAGACGACUACGAGCGCAUUGAGAAACCAAACACGCGUGGAAAGGUCCUGGGGGGUAGUUCGUCGCUGAACUACUUUACGUGGGCUCCCGGAUCUAAGGGCACCUAUGAUAUGUGGGGGAAGUGGACAUGGGAGCCGCUUGUUCACUACCUUCGCAAGAGUGCUACCUACCACGAUGACGCACAGGCUUACUCGCCCGAGCUCCAGAAGAUUGGCAAGGGUGGGCCGAUCGAUAUUUCUCACGCAGAGCUCAUUCCCGAGAUGCAGUCUUUCAGAGAACUUCUUACCAAGGCAUGGACGUCGACUGGCCACACACUGACCGAGAAUAUCUUCGACGGCAAGAUGUCCGGUUUGGUCCAUAGUGUCAAUACUAUCUAUAAAGGACGUCGGUCCGGAAGCUUCCUUUGUGUUGCCGAUAAGCCAAACGCCCACGCCAAAAAUCUUAUUAUCGAUGCCGCCGACAAGACCUGCAAGGGCGUGACAGUUAUCUUGCCCUCGAACUCUGGCCAGGAGCUGAAUCUAUUUGCCGAGCGCGAGGUUAUUGUCUCUGAAGGUGUUUUUGAGACCCCCAAGCUUUUAAUGUUAAGCGGUAUCGGUCCUGCUGCUGAAUUAAAGAAGCACGGGAUCCCAGUGAUCGUGGAUAGCCCACACGUUGGGCAGCAUCUUCUUGACCACCCUGGAGUGCCGUUUGUUCUGAAGGUGAAGGAUGGCUUUGGUAUGGAUGAUUACGUUUUACGGGAGGGAACGCCUCACAAUAAACAGGCCAUCGAGGCUUACCAAAAGACUCGCCAUGGUCCGCUAGGGUCAGGGUUCCUCGAGCUGGACCCGCUUUAUCGGCAGGCUAAAGCCGCGAAUAACAACAAGGAUCCAUUUUGUCCCGAUGAUCAACCUCAUUUCGAACUUGAUUUUAUCUGUCUUUUCGGCAGUGCCUUCCAGUGGCACUAUCCUACCCCUAAGAAGGGCAAUUACGUUACCGUCAUGGUGGAUCUUGUCCGACCUGUGUCUGAAGGCGGAACUGUAACCCUCAACAGCGCGGAUCCUCUGCAGCAAGCUAAUAUCAAUUUGAAUUAUUUCAACAAUGAGCUCGAUAUAAUCGCCAUACGUGAGGGUAUUCGCUACGCCUAUGAUGUCCUCGUGAAUGGCGAAGGUUUCAAGGAUAUUGUCGAGGACGAGUAUCCUUUCCCCAUGCCACUCGAUGACGACAAAUUGAUGAGAAGAACUGUUCUGGAUCGCUCUCAAACUUCUUACCACCCUUGUGGAACGGCUCGCCUGUCGAAGAAUAUCCAGCAGGGGUGGUGGAUCCUGGCCUCAAAGUCCACGGCAUCAAGAAUCUUCGAGUGA